UAAAAUACGAUAUAAACAGCUUUUUAAUACUGUAUCUCAAUGUAAACCGUGAGGAAGAGAAGAAGAAGCUUUCCCAUCUGGCAACACUGAAUAGCACGCUGUAUUAAAUAUGGUUGAUAGAAUGACGGAUGUUUCGGUUGUUCUUAGUUAAUUAAGACUACGUUGUUGGAUAUGAACGUAAUAAGAUAACAUAAUGCGAUAUAAACGAUAUUAUGAAACCUUAAUUUUUCCUUGAUAAGGUCAUAAUUUAGCUUAUACAGUAUACAUCUUCCCAUGCUUUACUAACCUAUGUGAAUUUGAAAAUCGAAAUACUCUGGAUAUUUUAAAACUGUUCGUCAUAUCACGAAUGCUGUCAGAAUAGAUUAAAAUUGUGUAUUUGUUAGUUUUUGGAAAAUAUCAGUAUGUCUACUAGAAAUUGUCAGCAUUGCGGUUGUAAUGAAAUAGAUACUGAUCCUGGAAGAGGAGAUGCAGUUUGUACACAAUGUGGAUCAGUGCUUGAAGAUAAUAUCAUUAUAUCUGAAAUACAGUUUGAAGAAAAUAGUCAUGGAGGAGCAAGGGCAAUAGGACAACAUGUUACUUCAGAAGGUCAAACACCCGGAUUGAGCAGAGGUUAUCCUUAUGGCACAGGAAAAGAAUCUCAAAUGAUAACAUUGCAAAAUGCCAGGAGAAGAAUUACCCAGUUAUCUGAGCAACUUCGACUAAAUCAACAAUGUAUAGAUCUUGCUUAUAAUAUUUACAAAAUGGUGUUAGCUAGACGAUUGACGAGAGGACGAAAAAAUUCUCAUGUUAUUGCUGCAUGUAUUUAUAUUGCAUGCAGAAAUGAAAGAACUCCUCAUAUGCUAUUGGAUUUAAGUGAUGUUUUACAGGUAAAUGUUUAUGAGCUUGGAAAAACAUAUUUAAAGUUUGUCAGUGUCCUAUGCCUUAAAUUUCCUGAAUUAGGUAAUUGA